AUGGAGUCUUCUAAGAUGUUGGGCGUUCUAGCCUUCAUCUGCUUUAUUAUUCCCGUGAUGUCAUCUUCCUCUGAUAGACAGUUUAGUGCUUGGUCGAAAUUGAGGGUGAAUUUGACGCGCAGAUCAGAGGAAGGCCUCAAUUCUACCGAGCGAUUGCGUGGGGCGGUGGAACGAAGUAAGAGACGAAUGAAUAUGAUAGAGGCGUUUGUAAAGCAGCAGAUAACUGGGCAGUUAGACGCUGAAACGCCCAUUCGCGUGGGAAACGGAGAAUUUCUGAUGAGCGUUGCAGUGGGAACGCCCUCGGUGAGUUUCGAAGCGAUUGUCGACACCGGGAGUGAUCUGAUUUGGACUCAGUGCAUGCCUUGCAAGAACUGCUACGAUCAGCCUACGCCAAUCUUCGACCCAUCCAAAUCGUCCACGUAUUCCAGAGUUCCCUGCACUAACUCUUUUUGCGAUGCUUUAGAGAGUUUUAAAACUGGAUGCAAUCCAGAUUGUACUUUCGAUUAUACCUAUGGCACUGGUGAGACUAGAGGUGACCUGGCUUACGAGUCAUUCUCCAUUGGGGGCGGCAGCGGCAGCAUGGUUGAAGGAAUUGCUUUUGGAUGCGGCCAUGACAACAAAGGACGAGGAUUCUCUCAGGGCGGCGGUCUUGUGGGACUGGGAAGAGGUCCUCUCUCACUCAUCUCUCAGCUGGGCUCCAAGGUAGACAACAAAUUCUCUUACUGUCUCUUGCCCAUCACCGACUCUCCUUCACAAACCAGCCCUCUCAUAUUCGGUGACGGCGAUUCCUUGAGCGGAGCCAACACGAUCCCACUCAUUAAGAACAGUGUGAAUCCUUCUUUCUGGUAUAUUCCUGUCACAGGAAUCACCCUCAAUGGCAAGCCUCUAAAUAUUCCUUCUGGAACUUUCGAUCUGCAAUUACCUAUUUAA